AUGGCAUUAAGUCAUCAGCCGAUGGUCAAGAAACCUCGUAGUAAGGUUAGCAGAGCGUGUGAAAACUGUCGACGGAGGAAGAUCAAAUGUACUGGAAAUCAACCGUGUAACAAUUGUGUCACUUACCAAUGCGAAUGUAUCUUUUCAAAGGGGACUCUCUCAUCGAUUGGUAAUAUAUCACAGAUUACACCUGCUAGCUCAGAAAAUCUAACGUCUGUGACAAACUGUGACUCUACAGUCGAACGGGCCUCUAGCAGUAGAACUAGCAGUAAUUCUGCGCCUCUCGAGAAGAAUUCGUGUACAGAGAAGGACGUUGAAGAGAAAACUGCCACCGAUGCUACUAUCUUUGACCCAGUUAUGGACUCUGUCUCCGAAAACAUAGAGAGUAUGACGAAAAACGUGUAUAGUAUCAAGAGUAUGAAUGAGAAGCUGAGAGUUGAUAAUCAAGAUUGCAAGGCUGAUAUGGGCAAUAGUUCUGCCGCAUGUGAUAUCUGUGAUAUGACAAAGACCGACGUGGCUGCGCUACCUGAUUUGACCCCAGUGAAAGGUGAUAAUGGACUUUACCAAGAUGAUAUGGAGUUUCAGGAAAAGAUAAGCGAAAUGCAAGCGAUGUUAAAGAGACUAAAACCUUUGUCGCAUGUAGGUCCUAAUAUUAAAAAAGCCAUCAGUGACAUUUAUACACAGGUGGAAUUACUGAUAGACUCGUGGGAACCAAAGUACGACUGCAAUAAAUAUAAGAAGACAGUUCAGAGUGGUUUUGAGCGUUCGAAAUCUGUGGAGACUCAUCUUAUGAAAAAUAAAUAUACGGAUCAAGUUUACUUGACAAGUUUCGCUGUUUGGACCGAUACCUCUAAAAAGAAAAAUGUUGAGAAUCCCUUUUUCGGUAACCGUCCUUUGGUUGAUGAAAUCUUUGGAUUGUACUCACCUUUGCAGGGCUUAUCUCUCCGAGGUAUCGGUUUUUUCUUUCAAAGGUGUACAUCAGGUCCCGAAUCAAAGGAAAAAUCAGUGCAAUUGAAAGAAUCCCUGUAUCUACUCCUACGGUUUUUCGACAUUUGUGUGGAUCAUAUUAAUCAGAGCUGUAUCUCCAUUGCCAAUCCUUUGGUUAGCUAUUUACAACGAAGGAAUUUACUGGGGACAGUUCCAGGUGCCACACCAACGGGCCUCAGUCCCACUAAUAGCAACAAUGGUACUAAAGACCUAGUUCUGGGAAUUAUAGAUCGCUUGCCACAACCAUUUGUGAAGAAUUUGACUGGUGUGACAACUGAAGUGCUUCGGCAAACAAUGUAUGAUGAUUUUGCAAUGUUUGAUCUCGUCCUGAGAAUGUACGACUGUCAUAAGAGAGGAUUUGAGGCACUGAUGAUGAAGGUAACUUCGAGAGACGCUAACAAUUCUACAGAAACAAUGGCAGCCGAUACUCAGAGUUUUGUACAUUUUUGCGAGGAGGAAGAAAUGCUGCUGGCCUUGUGCUAUAAUUACUACAAUUCGACAAUGUAUCACUUCAGCGAGAAUGCAGGCAACCUGAAUUACUUCGAUCUGCUUCUUUCGCUUCUUGAAACUCAAAAGUGGUUGGAUGAACAUUAUGGAUUUGAGAAAGUAUUAGGAGUAGCAAUCAGCUAUGCUUAUAAUAUUGGCCUCUCCCGCUGGGAGUUCUACGUUGGCUUGGAUGAAGAAACCGCAGAAAGAAAACGAAGGAGCUGGUGGAAACUUUAUUGUCUUGAGAAGUUUUGGGCAUUCAAGAAGGGAAGACAGUCCUCUAUUGAUGAUGACAAGAUGAAUUGCCUAUUGCCUGAAGAGUUUAGAAAGCUUGGCUUUUUUGACAACAAAAAUUUCUUAUCCGAGAUGACAUCAACACCAAGGAGUUGGGCUUUUGAUAACAUGUCAAUCGCAUGCCUGAAAUUUUAUGGAGAAUGUGCAAUGGCGCAGGCUGUAUCCCAAUUUUAUUCCAAGGUUCUCUAUGCAGACCGCUAUACGUCAAUAAAGAAUACGGCGAAACCAGCCUUUCUGAAAGAAAGGCUUAUCGGUGAAGUGUUUCAGGAGCUUCAUUUACUGCGCGAUAGAUUCGACAUGAUUAAAAGUCAAACCAAAAGGCUGUUCGAUAUUGCUGCAUCUUCAACAAAUGGGGCCAUAGAUUUGUUCCUUUCGAGAUACGAGCGAUCACAAGCAGCUCACUAUGCAUUACUUCACGGUAGUCUUUAUUUUACAGUGACAAGCUCAACAAAUAACCUGGUUGCUAGGCUACUUGUUAAUCCGAAAGACCCCAGCGUUGUUGAGCAUUAUUCCCGAUAUUCAGUGUACCUUCGUGAAUCCUGGAGGGAAAUGACAAAUCUCAUUUUGUCGCUAGACGACGACUACACUUUAAGCCGGGUUUUCGAGUAUUACGGUGUGGUUUCUAUGCCGAUCGUAUCUCGAGCAUUCUGUGACGCCACCUUCGCUAGAUCCUCAGACGAGCUAAUAAUGUUCUGCAGGGUAUUCCGAAGGUUACAAAGCAUUUCAUUAUAUCAUGAUAAUAAGGAUAACAAGACAGUGGUUUUGAGUAAGGCCUAUCAAAUAUAUGUUCGAAUCCUGACCUUUUUGGCUAUCAAUAUUCAUAGUAUUAUGUUGGGGUUCGUUCACGUUCAUAACAUGUCGAGAGAAAAGCUUAUCGAAACCGUCAAGGAGUGGGCUCCCGACGUUGCAGAUGUGCCAUCAGAAAUCCUCAAUCCAAAAUCUAGUGUUUAUGAGCCCUUGAUGAAGCCAAUACAAAAAUCAGGAUUCCAUCUCAAUGUGCGAAGGAUGUUGGAACGAGACAAAGAUGGCGCCAAGGCCAAUAAACUUUAUCCAAAAAGUGCCUUCCAAUUAAUGCCUGCAGACACCAAAGGUCCAAUGUCACCGUCCAUUGCAGGGCUGUCAGCAUCUUUAAUAUCCCCAGAAGGAAGCCGCUGCGACGUUUCUCCUUACCCCGAUGUGCCUGCGAAUCAGGUACCCUCAGUAGCCCAGAACUUAUUAGAUGCGUCACGGGUGCCUUCUCAAGAGUCCUUCUCAAUUCCGCACGACGUUUUGAGGCAGGAAAAUGGUUCUGGUCCAAUGCGGAUCCCCCAGCCUAACAACGUAAGCGGCCCCUUAUCCGAUCAAGGUUACCAUCUUGGUACUUUGGAAGAGUUCAUCAACAAUGGUGAUUUGAAUGAUUUGUGUAAUACGCUGUGGAGCGACCUUUAUACCGAUGGCUCUGAGCAAAAUCUCCGACCCAGUGAUCUCCCCGGUUCAUUCUCAACUACAUUUUAA